AUGCACCCGCCAAUGAGAAUAGUCAACUACAACGUUGGAGAUAAAGUGGAAGUAUGCAGUAAAGAAGGAGGCUUUGUUGGUUCUUACUUUAAAGCUACAAUUGUUUCAUGCCUUCCAAAUGAAAAAUAUGUAGUUUGUUACGAGAAUCUCCUUUUAGAUGAUAAGUCUGGACCUCUCAUAGAAAUAAUUCAUCAAAGAGAGAUUCGUCCUUUGCCCGCACAUGUUCGCAAUCCUCCUGAGCUCCACUUAAACCAAAAAGUAGAUGUUUUUGAUAACGAUGGUUGGUGGUUGGGAGAAACCACUAGUGAGAAGAUUCUAUUUGAAAAUUAUUAUUACAAAGUGUAUUUCACUACUACCGGUGAGACACUUUACUAUUCUCGUAAUCAAAUUCGGGUUCAUCAUGAAUGGAUUGAUGGAGAAUGCGUGUUAGAAACAUAA